AUGUCGUCCUAUCGAAUCGAGGUCUCCGCCAACAACCGCGCCGGCUGCCAGGAUAGUGUCUGCAAGGCCACCGCGACCAAGUGCCUCAAGGGCCAGCUGCGCUUCGGCACGUGGACCGAGAUCCAGGACCACGGCAGCUUCCGCUGGAAGCACUGGGGAUGCGUCUCCGGCAAGCAGAUUGAGGGCCUGCGCGAGACAUGCUCGCGUGGCGGCGACGCGUUUGACUUUGAUGCUAUCGACGGCUAUGAUGAGAUGGCCGAUUAUCCCGACCUGCAGGCCAAGAUUCGCGAGGCGGUCGAGCAGGGUCACAUUGCGCCCGAGGAUUUCAAUGGUGAUCCCGAAUACAACAAGCUCGGCCAACGCGCCAUCCGCGGUCGUUCAGCCGUGACCAAGGCCAAGGCUGGAGAGAAUGACGAUGCCGCAAAGGACGAAGAGGCCGAAAAGGCGCCUGCCAAGGGUAAGAAGCGCAGCCGCAAGGCCGCUGACGACGAGGGCGAGCCUGAAGCCGCAGAGGACACCAAGUCGAAGAAGCGCACCAAGACUGCCGCCGCUGCUUCAGUCAAGGAUGACGAGGAGGAAAAGCCUAAGCCCAAGCCCAAGCCCAAGGGCAAGACUGCCAAGACUGCUGUCAAGGCGGAGGACUCUGACGACGAGAAGCCGAAACCCAAGGCAAGGGGCAAAGGUGCCAAGGCCGCUGUCAAGAAGGAGGAUUCAGAGGAGGACACCGAGGACGUUCCCGUCACAAAGGCCAAGGCCAAGCACGGCAAGGCUGCCCCUGCUGUCAAGGCCGAGGAUGAGGAAGAGCCCAAACCGAAGCGGGGGGGCAGGCGUACUGCCGCUAAGAAGGCUGUUGUGGAAGAGUCGGAGCCUGAGGACGAGGGCGAAGAGGAGCCUGUUCCCAAGCCCAAGCCCAAGAAGGCCGCCGCUGCCAAGGGAAGAAAGAAGACAGAGGUUGCUAAGGAGGGAGACAGCAACGAUGCGUCUGCCGCAGCACCCAAGCGAAGGAGCCGUAGGAGUGCAGGUGGAGCUUGA